AGGAAAGGAGGAACAUUAGAGCUUGUCCUUAUCAUGAAUGCUUUUGGCUUGAUCCAGAUUGGCCUCAUACUGUCAAGCACCACCAUCAUCUCCAGCCCUCAGUGCAACCACCUCCCUCUGCAGCAAAGAAAAGUGAUCGAGAACAGCCUGCGCCUCUUGGAUAAAAUGGGAAAAGAGUUUCCCCAACAAUGUCUAAGAGACAAAAUGUCCUUCAGAUUUCCUACGCAGGUUCUGCAGCCCAGGCAGAAAGAGACUGUUGGAGUUGCCAUUGAAGAGAUCCUCCAACAUAUCUUCUACAUCUUCAGCAAAAAUCUGACCCUAGCUGCUUGGGAUCAAACAGUACUGGAUCAGUUCCAAAACGCACUUUAUCUGCAAAUUGAGCAAUUGGAGGCAUGUGUAAUCGAAAAACACACCCAACACUGCUGGAGUAAAGAAGUCAGCAGGCUGAAAUUGAAAAAGUACUUCCGAAAAAUAGACUGCUUUCUUAAAGAUAAACAACACGACCUCUGCUCUUGGGAGAUCAGCCGUGCAGAAAUGAGGAGAUGUCUCCAACUGAUUGAUAAGGUGACAAGGAAGCUUAAAAACUAAGGGUGUCCAUACUCCCCUCUCUACCAUUCAUGGAUGCAAGGUAAAGAAGAGAUGGCAGACAUGGAUCUCAUGGAUAAAGCCGAAAUACCAG